UUACCCGGGUUUGCUGUUUGGUUGCUUGGACACGAAUCACUCAAUCCCUGCACAUUUGUUAGCUUGUUAGCCUAGCCAGGUUUGGACAUGCAAGUGAUAGCUGUGUCCACGAUAGACACCUUUAAAAUCCCUUUUAUAAUUCCAGUACUGUAAUGACGUUCAUUUGCGUUGUAAUGCUGAUUGCUAACAUAAUUCGAGUUUAGUUAGCCAGUAGCCACUUUGCCUUUGGAGUUUGGAUUAUUUGACGCAAAAAAACAACCAACAAUGAAUGGUUCUGGCCAUUUAGAGUAGGCUAACGUUAACGUUAACUUUUCUUGAGGAUCUAUUAAUCCACCAACUGAUCAAAUUUAAGUGCAUCUGACUGAUUUCAUACAACACAUACAGAGCACCAGAUUCCUUUUCAGACUCGGGUUUCUCCCCUCAAUCAGAUGUCGUUCUGCUUGGCUGAGCUGCACUUGUGGUCCUCCAGGAGCACCUUGCAUGUCAAAGACACGGAUAUUGGCACGUACCAGUUUUAUGACAAAGGCGAGCCAGCUGCCCUGCCGGCUCACCAUUACUUCGGCGAGAAGCAGCAGUUUUUGGAGAGUCGAGGUUACCCAUGGGCCCUGAAGAACCGACGUCCGGAGAGGCUCCGCGACUCCCUCAAGGAGCUCGAGGACCUGCUGCAGGCCGCGCCCUGUGUCUGCUCCAGAUGGAGGACCAAGCAGUGCUGCCAGCUGUUGCUGAGUUCAGGGGUGCUGGUGACCCUUUCGGUGGUUGGGGGCCAGUUGGAGCGAGUAAGCAUAGACCGAGCCCUGCUGGGCCGUCUGCCCGCCGACACCAUCAGCCACGCUGUCAUCACGGACAAGCUUUUUUUGCUCACCUUUGUGGAAAAGAACCAGGUGUGCCUGGUUCACAUGGCCAAGAAGACCCAGGGUUCCCCUGAGUCCAGUCGACGCGUGGACAAGCUCUCUCCAUCAGAGAUUAAGGUUUCGAGCGUGGUGCUGCCCAGUGGAGCGGGUCGGCGCCUGGGCCGGCGCGUGGGGCUGAGUCGCUCGCAGGACGUGGCCGUGUGCUGGUGGCCGGCGCCUAACGAUGAGGAGGCCCGGCCUUGGUCUCCACUCCCCAGCGAGGCCGACAGGGCCAACCUGGUUCUGCUCAGCUGCUCUGACCCCGCGGGCCUCAAGGUGCUGAGCUGUGUGCGUACCCAGGGCGACCCACUGGACUGCAGCUUUAGCCUGACUCAGCCGUACCAGCUGCUGACGGUUGAGGUGCCCGCGGACGCCCCCUCGGGACCUGACGCCUCAGUCACCACGGUCACGGCCCUGAGCGCCACUUACGAGAGCGCCCGCGGCCGCCUGCAGCGCCUGUCCGUCCAGCGGCUGACCCUCCCCUCCCGGCCAAUCAGCUGCGCACGCGACCCCUCCGAGAGCCGCCUCCUGCUGGGCCUGAGCGACUCGUCGCUGGUGCUGCGCGACUGGGGCCACGCCAGGCUCUCGCUGCGUGUCCACUGCCCCAUGCUGCCCAGCCUGUGCGCCUGGCACCCGGCGGGGGCCCUCCUGGUGGUCGGGGGAGGCCAGGGCGAGCUGCAGUGCUUCGACCUGGGCCUGGCGCCCCUACCCCUGCGGCUGCUGGACGAGGAGCAGCCCUGCCGGUCCCCGGGCCCUAGCCUCCAGCUGUGCCGCCACCUGAGGGCCCCCGGGGGUCUGGUGGGGCUGCAGUGGGCUGCCGCCCAGUGGGGCAGUCAGGCGGCGGGGGACGGGGGGCUGGAGGUCCAUGACCUGCUGCUGCUCAGCUUCCAUGGAGGACCCGUGGCUGCACUGAGGCUGAAGCUGGGCGCACUGACGAGCGGUCAGCUGGGUCCGGUGGAGCUGGUUCUGCAGCGGCUGCGGCACGGACAGGUGGACGAGGCACUGGGCAUCCUGGCAGCGCUGGACUGGGGUGUGGCGGGCGGCGAGUGCUACCGUGCCCUGAGUGCCGUCACCGAACACCUGCUGAGGCUGCCGCUGGACGCCGAGCGCGAGGCCCACCUGGAGGCCGCUCUGGGUGUGUUCUACGCUCCGUCUCGGCCAAUGUCCGACACAGUGGUUCUGGAGUUCAGGGAGCCCAUCAGCAGAUAUGCCCGUCGCUUUUUCCACCACCUGCUCAGGCACCAGCGGUUUGAAAAGGCCUUCCUCCUGGCUGUGGACAUUGGGGCGCGAGACCUUUUUAUGGACAUCCAUUAUGUAGCACGCGAUAAGGGGGAAUUGGUGCUGGCAGACGUGGCGAAGAAGAAGGCUAAUGAAAUCGAUGCGGAGUCGCUAACAUCUGGCUGGGAGGGUCAGCAGUCCGUGUUUGGCGACGGGAACGGGGUGUGUCCUCCUGCGCUAGAGACGAGAGGACAGACGGACAGACCGCAGGACGGUGGGAUGGAACAGAAGUCGAGCGUCGAGGGGAGGGGUCACGUCCUGACACGAACGUCACAAGACAGACCUCCAUUAUCAGGCAUUGCACGGAGGUCCAAGGUGAACAAGGAGCUGGAGGAGGUGUUUGCAGGUGAUCAGACCUGGCCAUGGAAACAAACAGAAAUUAAUCUUGUUGACCAAAAUGAUCAGGCGGCCGAGGACACAGGAACACUCAAGGUUAUUCACUUUGGAUUAGUAUGAACGCAAACUUCAGCUCGUUAUGGUUUUAACCCAACUGUGCUGUUAUAAGGAAAUAUGUUGAUGAGUUCAAGGCUUUAUAUUUGUGCAAAGGGAAGUUGCAAAGGGAAAUGCAUCCGAAGACAGCAUGUCUAAUUGGAUCAGUCAUUGUGAACAUUUUUUUAUAUAUAUAUAUCAAAACAGGAAAACUGACUGUGUAUACUGUACAAGGAAAAAUAAUUGUACUGUCUGUAUGGCAAGCUCUGCCUCUUAUAA